AUGUCUUCUCCUAACGGUUACAACUACAAGCAAAACUCUUACUAUGACCGGAAGACGUUCAGAAUGACGCCUUCAAUGUUGCGAGCCAGAAGACCAUAUUUCUGGAAGAACCUCGCCGGUUUGUUCAUUGUCGGAAGCAUCCCCGUUGGUAUUUACGCCUACACGUUCAACUUCCUUCAUCAGGAUGAUUUUGCCGACGUUCCGAUCCCACCAAUCUCCGAAGAGGAGUUGACCAGAUUGAAGAAGGAGUACGAAGCCAGCAAGAACUAG